UAAUGACAAAACACUUCCUCUAGUCAAAGCCACCAGCAGAAGGAAGGAGUGGUUGUUGCUGCAUACUCUGUGACCCAGAUGAGCCAGUAGAAGAAAAAAAGCUAACUGCAUCUGUCUUUUUAACACAGUAACUGGAGAGUGCCUCAAGGUUAAUCCUGUUAUAUAUUACCAUUAUUUCUUUAUUGCAUUGCAAAACAGAAAGUUAUUUGGCAACAAUGAAUUUGGACAGCAUUCCCUCGAAAUCAGAAGUUAUGGGCUGGAACUCGAAUCGUUUGGCUGACUACUUAAAGAGAAUGAGGCUGACUGGCUGUGAUACAGUGGUGAAGAGAUGUGGCAUAAACGGUGCAACGUUCUUGGCAAUGUCAGGCAGUGAUCUGCAGAAGUUCCCCAAUGUUCAUGUGCCACUUCUCACAAAGAUCUGCAAUGACAUUAACCAGAGUGGAAAAAAGAAGGGGCUAUUUCAUCUACCAAAACCUCUGCAACCUCCAAGUCAGGCAGGCUUUGGACAUACCCUUGAAACCUGGGACUCAGAAGACUUUGAUCAAGACAGUGACCAAGACUAUGAGGAGCCAGACGCUGACAACUGUGAGGACACCUAUAUAUGUGCAUCAGAUGAGCCUAAUGAUGAAGGGGAAGAUGAUUAUGACUAUGAGUUGCCCCCCAGUGAAAUACCUAAUGAAAUACCAAGCCACUUCCGUGCUGCCAAGCCUCAGGAUGACAGUGACUACAUAGAUAGUGUCCGUAACUGUCCAGCCAAAGAAAAGACAAUGAGGCCACCCCCGCGACCAGACUCUACAUUUUCACAAGCAGUGAAGGGCAAUACUAAAUUACUGGCAGCUAAAGUUCCAAGACCUGAUUCUUCCCCACACAGACCCUUACCAUCCAACAGCACAUCCAAGCCUAAUAAAGCAGCACCUCAUAUAGACCGCAGGACUAAACCUCGGUCAACAAGCUUCUCCAAAACCAGUCAAGACAGAUCAGAAGAAGGAUGUUACCCUAUGAACACGAGAAAUGACUUACAUUCAGCUUCACAGUUACCAAAAUUACCCACAGCAAGAUUUGGUACCAACCAGCAUGAGAGCUCUUCCCAUCUCCAUGAACAACAAAACUCAACAGUCCAAAAUUCCCAAGAGGCUCAGCAGGGCAUGGACCCUCAGUGGUAUGUAGGACCAAUGACACGAGGGGAAGCUGAAGUCACUCUGAGACAAAUAAACAAGGAUGGUACCUUCCUCAUAAGAGACAGCUCUAAAAAUUUCACAGAUCAACCAUACACACUAAUGGUGCUGAACAAACAAAAAGUCUACAACAUCCAGAUCCGUUUCCAUGGAAACAAGGAUGGCUACUCCUUGGGCACAGGCCUAAGUGGUACAGAGAGUUUCCCUAGUGUGAGAGACAUGGUCACACACCAUACAACCACACACCUGAUGCUGAUAGAUGCAAUGGAACGUGCGUCUGGAGCUCAGCAUCAGUGCUGUCUAAUAUAUCCAGCAAGGCGUCAACCCACACACUUCUGAGGAGCAGAAGAAAAGCUUUCAGCUCAGAGCAAACAGUCAAAGCACUCACAGUCUUAGAGGAAUGUUUCUUUGUUUCACUGUGCACUAGCAUGGACUUUUAGUGUAAAUAAACUAUAAAAGUGUACUUGCACUGGUCUGGUACUUUUUGGUGAUGGUAAGUUUAUGAAUGCCUCAUGCUUAUCAAAUUACUUGUAUCUUUAUACUUGACUGCAUGUUCAAUGUUUAACCUCACUUUGUAUUACAAAUGUAAAUAAAGUCAACUGAAAAUUUAA